AUGGACCGGGGAGAUCAAGGGAUUGCGGCGCUUGCAAAAUCAUUGGCAACAAGACUCCUCGGUACAGUGGUGGGACAUUUCAGUGGCAGACAAAACAAAGCAGACGAAGAAACAGACUUCCUUUUAGGGAAACUCGCGCAAAACAACAGCGCUGUCUUUCCAUACCUCACCGACCUGACAGACCUGACUCUGCGAGACCUAUCAGAAAUAAAAACUCGCAAAGGUUUUACAUUAAAGGAUGGACUGCGCCGUGCAAUUCUCAACAAAGACAAAGCAGGAAUCAUUGCUGGGGACGAAGAGUGCUUUGUGUUAUUUCAAGGCGUGUUCGAACCUCUGAUAAAAGAAAUUCACGAGAUUAGCACGAAUCAUUUGCCGAUCUCGAGCCUUAAAACAGACGCCCUGGACAGAACUGUGUUUGAUGGACAGUGCGUGCUCUCCUGCAGAAUCCGUGCUCUCAGGUCCUUGAAAGGUUUUCCAUUCUCUUGGUUUUGUACCACUGAAGAAAGAUUAUCCAUUCAGAUUAUCGUGGUUGACGUUUUGGAAAAGCUACAAGGUGAUCUCCACGGCGAAUUCAUUCCACUAAAUCAGCUAGCAGACAAGAAUCUUAACAAAAUGUUACAGAGCCAUCGCGUAUUCUUGAAACAGAGAUGCCCCUUGAACCGAGCUUGGAAAGAAGGGAGAGGAAUAUGGCACGAUCGAACAAAUAAUUUGUUGAUUUUAAUAAAUGAAGAAGAACACAUCAAGAUUAUCUCUCACCAGUCUGGAGAUGACUUAUUCCACCUGUUUGAGAAACUUGGUCAUUUGCUUCUUGAAAUUGAAAGCCUGUUGAUGAGGAAUGGGUACGAGUUCAUGCGCAGUGUUAACUAUGGUUACCUGGCGUCCGGACUCCAAGAACUUGGCACCAGUCUUCGUGUCAGCGUCACUGUUUAUCUCCCUCUUAUAGCAAAAGUAGGGAUCCAUUUUCCAAACGCUGAGACGCGUCGUGGUAUAAUAUUUGAAGUCUCGAACACUGGAAAGAUUGGAUUGAGUGAAGUGGAUCUCAUUCAACACGUCGUCACAAGUGUGAAUCAUCUCACUCAAAUGGAAGAAAUUCUGGCAAACCAUCGUCACAUGGACUCGUUUAUCACCAAGAUCGUUAAAAAGACGCAAAACAUGAAGAAUGAGAGAAAUGACUGA